CGAAUUGACCAAAAAUUCAAUUCCGACGGCCCCUUCUCUCUCUAUGGGAUGAUAUGGCGGAAGCGAGGCGAAGUAGCGCGAUCAAUCGAUUAGAUAUGGACCAAAUACUCUUAGAAGCACAGAAUCGAUGGCUACGCCCCCCUGAAAUCUGUGAAAUUCUUCGAAAUUAUCAAAGAUUUCAAAUUUCUACAGAGGCACCCACUAGGCCACCGAGUGGCUCGCUCUUUCUGUUUAACCGAAAAGAGCUCAGAUUCUUCAGAAAAGAUGGCCACAAUUGGAGGAAGAAAAAGGAUGGAAAGACUGUGAAGGAAGCUCAUGAGAGGUUGAAGGCAGGAAGCAUUGACGUUCUGCACUGCUACUAUGCGCAUGGGGAAGAUAAUGAAAAUUUACAGAGACGUAGUUAUUGGAUGCUUGAGGAGGAGCUCUCUCACAUAGUUUUUGUCCACUAUCUGGAAGUUAAGGGGAGCAGGGUUUCCACUUCCUUUAACGGGGUCCAGAGGACUGAAGAUGCAUCUCGGUGCUCUCCAGAAACUGGGGAUGCCUUGUCCAAUGAAUUUGAUGGUUGUGCUUCUUGCAGCAUUAAUCAAAAUUAUCACAGCAUGUAUUCACAGACUACUGACACAGCGAGUGUCAGUGGUGUUCAGACAUCAGAUUAUGAGGAUGCCGAAUCAGCAUACAAUCACCAUGCAAACUCAAAAAUUCUCUCACAACAAGAUCUACAGCCGCCUGGAACUGAAGAAGCCCUUGCGGGAUUCGAUCCUUACUAUCAGACGUCUCUUCCAGUCAGGGACAAUUAUCAGAAAGGAUUUCUCGCAAUGCCUGGACCCAAUUCUUCCAUUAUGGUUGACAAAAACAAAGAAAAUAACUGUGUUGGAUUGACAAGUGGAUCCAGAAAGUCCAUUGAUUCCCAAACCUGGGAGGAGAUUUUGGGAAAUUGUGGUUCUGGAUUUGAGGUGUUACCUUUUCAAGCUCCAUACACCUCAGUGGAACCUACUAAUGCCAGAGAUGGUAUUUCUAAACAGGAGCAUGACAUACUAGAUCAGUUGCUCCAUAAUUUCACCUUUGCCACACAAGAUUUUGCCAGCCAACAGGAUCCCAUGGAGAAAUGCCAGGCUCGAAUUUUAAAUUCGGAUUUUACAUCUGUUCAUACUUCAAGGUUCCAUGGACAAGAUCUAGAAGCUAUGCAUAAUCCGGCUGCAAAUGGAAAUGCCCCUUACUCGUCAGUUAUAACAAAGCAUCUGUUUGAUGGUCCACUUGAUGAUAAAGGUCUGAAGAAAAUGGAUAGUUUCAACCGCUGGAUGAGCAGAGAACUGGGUGAUGUUGAUGAUCUCGCCAGUGCAAAUGAUUCUUUUACUCAUUCACGCUCCAGAACCUACUGGGACGAAAUCGAAACUGAGAAUGGGGCCAAUACUCCCAAUUCUCGAAGGGAUUUGGAUGGAUAUGCUAUUAGUCCUUCCCUCUCACAGGAACAGCUAUUUAGCAUCAUUGACUUUUCGCCUAGCUGGACUUAUGCGGGUCAUGAAGUGAAGGUCCUGGUCACUGGAAGAUUCUUAAAGGCUCAAGAAGAUUUUCAAAAUUUCAAGUGGUCUUGCAUGUUCGGGCAGUUUGAAGUUCCAGCAGAGGUUAUAGCUGAUGGUGUUCUCCGAUGCAUUGCCCCCAUGCAUGAGGUUGCCAGGGUUCCCUUUUACAUAACAUGUUCCAAUAGGCUAGCAUGCAGUGAAGUGCGUGAAUUUGAGUUUAGGGUUGGUCACGCUCCAGCUAUGGACAGAGGAAGAGAUGACUCUACUCACAUUUCUAUUGAAAAUCUUCAGGCGAGAUUUGUCAAACUGUUGUGUUCAAAGUCUGUCUGCCCAACUUCUGUUGCCAGCACUGACAGUGAUUUGUCCCAUGUGAACAAGAAGAUUAGUUCACUUCUUGUGGAGAACACCAAUGACUUGGAUCAAAUGUUAACAGUUAGUGAUUCAGGGAAUGUGCUCUCCUCUGAAAAGAUGAAAAACCAACUCAUAGAAAAGUUGCUGAAAGAAAAAUUGCACUCCUGGCUCUUGGUAAAGGUAGCAGAACGUGGCAAAGGCCCGAGUGUGUUGGAUGAGAGUGGCCAAGGUGUGCUACACUUUGCUGCUGCUCUAGGUUAUGACUGGGCCUUAGAACCAACAGUUAUUGCUGGUGUAAGUGUCAAUUUUCGUGACGUCAAUGGAUGGACUGCACUUCAUUGGGCUGCUUUCUUUGGCAGGGAGCACACUGUUGGUUCCCUCAUAGCUCUUGGAGCUGACCCUGGAGCUGUGACUGAUCCAACUCCUGUUUACCCAUCAGGCUGCUCAACUUCAGACUUGGCGUAUGCUAAUGGUCACAAAGGGAUUGCUGGUUAUCUCGCGGAAUCUGCUUUAGAGGCUCAUCUUUCUUUGCUCAGUCUAACUGACCAAUUGGGGGAUGGUGGAAAAGCAUCUCCAGCAAGAACAGCUGCUGAUUCAGCUCCUGGAAAAUCUAGCUCAUCGAUGACAGAUUCAUUGGCAGCUGUUUCAAAGGCCACUCAGGCAGCAGCUCGUAUUCAUCAGGUUUUCAGGGUGCAGUCUUUCCAGAGAAAGCAGAUGAAAGAAUUUGGGGGUAAUAAUAAAUUUGGAAUGUCCAAUGAGCAUGCUUUAUCGUUAGUUACUCUUAAGGCAAACAAGGCAGGGAGAUAUACCGAUGAUUCUGUAUAUGCCGCUGCUACUCGGAUUCAGAACAAGUUCCGCAGCUACAAGGGUAGAAAGGACUACUUGAUAACUAGACAGAGGAUAAUCAAAAUUCAGGCACACGUGAGAGGCUAUCAGGUCAGGAAAAACUACAGAAAGAUAAUUUGGUCUGUAGGGAUAUUGGAGAAGGUCAUAUUGCGAUGGAGACGAAAAGGAUCUGGUCUGAGGGGGUUCAAGCCGGAGGCACUAACCGAUAGAAUGCAAGACAUAUCUGAAAACGAAGAUGAUGAUGAUGAUUUUUUCAAAAAGGGUAGAAAGCAAACGGAGGAACGGCUGCAUAAGGCUCUAGCCCGAGUCAAAUCCAUGGCUCAGUAUCCCGAAGCUAGAGAUCAGUAUCGAAGGCUGCUGAAUGUUGUUAAUGAAAUCCAGGAAAGCAAGAUUAAGGCUCUUGCAAUAUCUGAAGAAACAAGUUACAUUGAUGAUGAUGACCUGAUCGAUCUUGAUGCCUUGUUGGAUGAUACACCGAUGUCCUUCUAAAGACAGAUGGAUCAAGACCCAAAUCUUUUUUUCUUUUUUUAUGGAAUUAGUAGAUGAAUUCACCAUAAUAACUCAACCGACAUUUUAUCCUUAGAUUCUUAGAUUCUUACAUUAUGAAUGUUCAUUA